AUGACCGACACAAAAGACCAGGAACCCGCAGAAAUGCGAGUUGAUCCAGCACGAGCAAAACACCUCUCCUCAAACAUCUCCUCCAUACUCUCUCGCAUCGAGUCCGCCAAACCUUCUUCAGGCCCACCAGUCCGCCUCGUCGCCGUCUCCAAGCUCAAGCCCGCCAAUGACGUUCUAGCCCUGCAUUCCGCACCCCACAACCACCUCCAUUUUGGCGAAAACUACCAGCAAGAACUCCUCCAAAAAUCUCUCCUUCUGCCCCGAGAAAUCCGCUGGCAUUUCAUCGGCGCGUUGCAGACGAAUAAGUGCAAGCCGUUGGCGGAACAGAUACCGAAUCUGUGGUGCGUGGAGAGUGUGGAUACGGGGAAGAAGGCUGAUCAGCUAGAGAAAGGGAGGGCGGCGCUCUGUGAGAAGGAGAAAGAUUACGGGGGGGUGCCAUUGAGGGUGUUCGUGCAGGCCAAUACGUCCGGGGAAGAGGAGAAGAGUGGGGUGGAACCUGAAGGGGCGGCGGAGUUGUGUAGGCAUGUCAGGGAGCAGUGUCCACAUUUGAAGUUGCAGGGGUUGAUGACCAUUGGGGCUAUAGCGAGGAGCAAGGGGGCGAAGGAGGGGGUGGAAAAUGAAGAUUUUUCAAGACUGAGGGAGGUUAGGGAUCAAGUCGUGAAGGAAUUGGGGUUACAGGAGGGGGAUCUGGAGCUCAGUAUGGGCAUGAGCGAAGACUUUGAGAGUGCGAUUCGGUGUGGAAGUAAUGAAGUCAGGGUCGGGAGCACGAUUUUCGGGGAGAGACCGGCCAAAGGGGAUGCGAAGAUUAAGGAGACGGUUGAGGAGGGGAAGGGAUGA